GCUAUCUACGAGAUUUAGUUUCCGUGUUUUGAUUAGUGUGCCUCUUCGACAUUUUACAUUUACUCAUUUAGUAUACUCAUUCAAACAGACUUUGUCUCUGUCUACCAGACUGACGGCUAUGCAGACUUCACCCGCAAGUAUAGGUAAAGAAGAAUCAUUGUCGCUCGGUGGCCACAGGCACGCUUGCCAUGUCAUGCUUCACGCUGAGACCAAAGCAAAACUCUUUGGAAGAACUCCAAUUAAACACAUUGUCCUGAUGCAGAUGCGUUUCGACGGUUUGUUGGGUUUUCCCGGUGGGUUAGUGGAGCCGUCUAGAGAGACGCUAGAAGCUGGCCUCUGCCGAGAGCUGCAGGAGGAGCUGGGGACGGCGGUCCCUAUAACUCCUCGAGAUCACGUGGCGUCCUGUCCUGCUCCGUCUUGCCCCGAUCUCAUCACUCACUUUUAUGUGAAGAAGAUGGAGGAGUCUGAGAUCAAGGAAGUGGAGAGGGCUGCUGUAACUAUGGCAACAGAUCAUGGAUUAGAGGUCAUGGGGAUGGUGCGAGUCCCUCUCUACUUCCUGAAGCACGGUGGAGGCCUUCCUUCUUUCCUGUCGCACUCCUUCAUCAGCAGCUCUCGCUCCCAGCUGCUGUCUGCCCUGCAGCAGUUUGGCCUGCUGUCCCCGAGGGAGCUGGAGGAAGCUGUCACACAGGCUGACCAGCUGAGGCAGCGUCCUAAUCCCCAGUGAUCGAUCAGGGGGCGGGGGGGGGGGGGGUCCACCGUCUGCCCUCUGCCCCUGUGACUUCACAGAAGGAGAUCUGAGGCUAGCCUUCCCUUCCCUUCCCUCCUCUCCCCCUAUUCUCCAGGAGAGACACCUGGCAUCUCGCUGUGCCUCAAGGACCCCCGUGGCUCCCCGGUCACCCCGUCCCCCCCUGUCUUUCUGUGUCUCUCUCUCCCAGGGGGGGGCAUCGGCAUUUGGAUGUCAGUCACGUCGCGUGUGAGCAUGAAACAUGUUCUGUACAUGUUCUGUAGCCGUGUGUCAUGACAGGGUCGCUCUUACAGACAUGACUCUCUGACAUCAGCAGAGGACAGAAACACCAGCGUGGUCUGGACAGGAGAGCAUGCAUCAGCCAGCCAGCUGGCUUAAGGAGUUUUCUUUUCAAAAACAUGAGAGCAUUUGUUUUUUUUAAGCAGAUGAUGCAUUAAGUUCCAAAAUUGUGUUCUUUGUUACAAUAAUAAUAAAGUGCUGCUAUUCACAGCAAA